ACGUGCGACGGAGCGUGUGGCGAAAUAUUUCGCGGUUCGCCAGCGCCUCGAUUUCGAAGGGAAAAUCGCUCAGUGUGACUCAUCUGCCGCCGCCGAAUCGUUUCACAGACCCACUUCCGCGCUGCGGCUCGAAAGAGAGCCGAGCAGGAGGAAGGGGGGGGGGGGGAUUUCCAGCUCCGGGCCCUCGCUACCCUCGUUUUGCUUUCGCUCUGGGGCCACAAACAGAACCGAACUCUCACUUUCCUUUUUUGACUGGAAAUUGCCCAGCCUCCGUGGCUCGCGUUAAAAGUCGGGGCCCCGACUCGAGCUCAGCCGAGCUGUCCCGAGGCAACAGAUACCAAGAUGCCUGUUGAUAGAAUGAGGAUGAGGCCAUGGCUGGAGGAACAGAUCAACUCCUGCCAGAUACCAGGCCUCAAAUGGGUUAACAAGGAAAAAAGGAUCUUCCAGAUCCCUUGGAUGCACGCCGCUCGCCACGGCUGGGACCUGGAGAAAGAUGCUCCUCUCUUCAUGAGAUGGGCCAUACAUACGGGCAAAUACCAGCCAGGAAAAGACCGGCCAGAUCCUAAGACUUGGAAGGCAAAUUUCCGCUGUGCGAUGAACAGCCUGCCUGAUAUCGUGGAGGUGAAGGAUAAAAGCAAUAAAAAAGGAACAAAUGCCUUCAGAGUCUACAAGAUGCUGUCAUCUUCGGAGAGCGGUAUGAAGCGAGGAAAGAAGAUGACCGACAAAGAGAGUAGGCCCAAAGCCAAUAAAGAGGUAGCGUCUCUGUCUUUUGACAGGACGCCGCUUGUCUUUCAAGCUGUGCAUGUUGAGGACAUCAAACUGGAAUCGCAAGCUGCAGUAGAGAUGCCCCACACGACCAAAGAUAUUCCCGGUGACGAAGAUCAUGUGAUUGCAAGUGAGCUGCUACCAUUUGUCUGUCAGACAAUCGAAGUGAAAACUGAGAAUGAAGAGACCGUGAGCUCGUCCGUGAGCUCGUCCCACUUGUACCCUUUUCAAAUCUCUCCCGUGUCUUCAUGUAGCGGCAGCGACACCGACAGCGAAAUUGAGGACACCGAACAGGUUGUCAAUCCAGCCUGGAGGCGGGAUCAUGGCAGGUCAGUUCUUAAGGUGUCCCCCUCUUCCCUCCCUGGCAUGGCCACCUUCGUUAGAGGAAGCAAACCUUACUGCCGAAUAACCACCAUGCGAGACCCUGACCCCCACAUCAGCUAUCACAGCGAAAGCUGGACAACGCCUUGCAGCCAGAACUCACUCACAUCUUCCAUACCCGGCCACACUCAUGAGAUGCGGGCCAGCGUCAUUAUGAAAACCUCCGAUGUCACCUCCUGUUAACCUCAAGACGACAAGUUGCUCGAUUUAUUUAAGUCAGACAUUACCCUUUUUUUUCUGCAACCAAUUGACAAAUAUGCUCUGUUUGCACUUGUCUUCUGCCGUUCUCUGCAAAUGCAUCGCCCACAUUUAAGACAACGCACAGGCAUUUUGGUUUCCUUAGCGUCUCAACCGGUGUAGGACACGACUCAUCAAACUUGAAUUCAGUGUGACUCAAACCAUUGCUUCAGAAACAUUGUUUGUUCCCCACAAUCUGGCACUUAACACCACGGGUAGAAGAAGUGACUACUGACAAGUGUGGUUUAAGACAGUAGUUGGAUGGCGGUAUGCAGUACAGUACCUAUGCAUAGAACCAGUCUGACCAGCUUGCGUUCAUUCCUCCGGUUCAUACUUGCCAUAAGGUAUACCUCAGUAUAGUUAAAUGCCAUUCCAUGAAAUGUGUUUUGUCCAAAAAGUAUAUAUAUAUAUAUAUAUAUAUAAAAACCUACUUCGUCAUGUAAAUUCAAUUUAGCACACAGCUGUGCAAGGAUAUUUUACUUUGAGAAGUCAUUUAAUGGCCAUUAUGAACAGGAGAAAACAUGACUUCCUGCAGAAACUGUUCAAGCAUUCAUGUGAACCCCUGACUAUUGUUUUAAGAUAUACUACUGUACUUGAAAAAUUGUCAAACCUGUUUAACUUGUACUUCUUAUGAAGGAAAAUAUUUGUUUUUAUUAAGAAACAACCAAAAAACGUAUUUUAAACUUUUUUUUUUUUUUUGUGCUACUACUAAGUUAUAACUGCACAUUUGUCACGAAAUAUUGUGGGAAUGCCGAGAGAUCCUGUUGUAGAAAGCGCAAAAAAAUACCAUCGGAAAAAUUAAGUCAGGGAAUAUCAUGAGAGCAUAUCGUUAAUGCCCAGAUGCCAUGCAAAUUUGUCCCUUUGGGCCCGCUCACACAAGGAAAUCAUACUGUGCUUGUAGACAGACUCGUAUGUGCGGUUAUAAUCAGUCGCACUCAAACUGAUUCACCCUUGCAAAAAAAGUUCCAAAUUUGCAGUAGCUUGCCAAGAACUAACAAAACGACAGCGAUUUACGUAGCUCCGCACAACUAAUAUGAACAGCCGUUAUUUUUUGAGUGACGAAUGAAAAGUUUGUACACCUCGAAAAUACAGCGCAGUGUGAGUUCAAGAGGAGGGGCGGGGGGGGGGGGGGUUCGGGGCAAGGGUCAGCAUGGAACAGGUUGUUGUGAGUUUGCCUUCAGGGACAAUACCAUGGCAUCAUUGCUGUCCAUCUGCUUACUUUUCAGCCUCUUGCAGGAAAUGCUUUUUAAUCGCUCAGGGCCUGAUUUGCUCAAGGUGCGCAUGUGCAAAAUCGGGCGCAAACCUGACUGGGCACGCAAACGGACGUUUCGCUCGACGAACAGGGCGCGCCCAGAAUUGCGUCUGCCAAUCGGGCAAAAUAGACGUGCAAUUCAUUUGUCGUAUUUGAAAGGCAGAAGACGGUUUCUAUAUUUUUAGUGGCCACUAAAAAAAAAAAAAAAAAGUAUUUUUAAAGUGCAUGUAAGUGCAAAAUUAUAAAGAUAAUUAUUUACUUCUCUUUAAAUUGCUAAACAAUUUAGACUUUUGAAAAAAUUAUAUAAAUGCAAAGCUGGUAUAGAAAUGUCGGGCAUGCUGGAGCCUAUCCCGGCUAUCAUCGGGCGAGAGGCGGGGCACACCCUGAACUGGUCGCCAGCCAAUCGCAGGGCACAUAGAAACAAACAACCAACCAUUCGCACUCACAUUCACACCAAUUUACAAACUUCAAUUAAGAACAUGAGAACAUGCAAACUCCACACAGGCGGGGCCGGGACUUGAACCCCGAUCCCCAGAACUGUGAGGCAGAUGUGCAAACCAGGCGGCUACCAUGCCGGUAUAGACAUUUAUUUAGGAAAAAAGAAAAACUACCUUUCUGUUUAAUAUGGUGAACAUUCUACAAAAUAAAACAGAAGUACUUCAUUUAAAUAAGCAUACAGUGGGUACGGAAAGUAUUCAGACCCCCUCUUUUUUUCUAUUGCAGCCAUUUGCUAAAAUCAUGUAUUUUUUUCCCAAAUUAAUGUACACACAGUACCCCAUAUUGAGAAAAAAAAAAACGAAAUUUUUGAAUUUUUUUUCAGAUUUAUGAAAAAAAGAAAAACUGAAAUAUCACACAGCCAUAAGUAUUCAGGCCCUUCCUCCUUGCAGAUCCUCUCCAGUUCUGUCAGGUUGGAUGGUGAACGUUGGUGGGCAGCCAUUUUCAGGUCUCUCCAGAGAUGCUCAAUUGGGUUUAAGUCAGGGCUCUGGCUGAGCCAUUCAAAAACAUUCACAGAGUUGUUCUGAAGCCACUCCUUCAUCAUUUUAGCUUUGUGCUUCGGGUCAUUGUCUUUUUUGAAUCAGAAUCAUCUUUAUUUGCCAAGUAUGGCAAAAACACACAAGGAAUUUGUCUCCGGUAGUUGGAGCCGCUCUAGUCCGACAACAGACAGUCAAUUGACAGAGAACACUUUUGAGACAUAAAGACAUUGACACAAAUUUUUUCCCCCUCGAGCACUUAGAGCAGUGUGAAUGACUAAUAGAAAUAGUCCGGUACAAUGAUCAUUGUGCAAAGGGCGCCGAGACUUCAAGGAGUGUAUGCGGUUUAAAGUGACGAGUAGCGCGAUAAUCUGGGACAAUGUUGAUUGUGCAAAUGUUGCAGAUACUCCUCAGCCAGCGUGCAAGUGGAGCAGAUGCUACUCUGGCAUGAGUGGCCAGUAUUGGUCAACAACAGAUAUGCAAAUAGUGCAGCGUGGCGAGACUACUACAGUGAGUGCACGAGUAAUAUAUAAUUGGCCCCACAGAAAUGUGUCAACAAACUCAAGACAAAAAAUUAAAUAAAAUAAAAAAAAAUGGCAGCAUGUUGCAAUGGAAUUGUAGGUUAGUUGUUUAAAAAGUUGAUCGCAAGAGGGAAGAAGCUGUUGGAAUGUCUGCUAGUUCUAGUUUGCAUUGAUCGGUAGCGCCUACCUGAGGGAAGGAGCCGGAAGAGCCGGUGACCGGAAUGCGGAGGGUCCGAGAGGAUUUUGCACGCUCUUGUCUUAGUUCUGGCAGCGUGCAAGUCCUCAAGGGUGAGUAGGGGGGUACCGACAAUCCUUUCAGCAGUUUUGAUUUUCCGUUGCAGUCGUAGUUUGUCCUUUUUUUGUAGCAGCACCAAACCAGACUGUGAUGGAAGAACACAGGACUGAUUCGAUGACCGCUGUGUAGAACUGCCUCAACAGCUCCCGUGGCAGGCAAGUUCUAACUUGGGCUCAUCAAACCAGAGAAUCUUAUUUCUCGCCAUCUUGGAGUCCUUCGGGUGUUUUCUUAGCAAACUCCAUGCGGGCUUUCAUGUGUCUUGCACUGAGGAGAGGCUUCCGUCGGGCCACUCUGCCAUAAAGCCCUGACUGGUGGAGGGCUGCAGUGAUGGUUGACUUUCUAGAACUUUCUCCCGACUGCAUCUCUGGAGCUCAGCCACAGUGAUCUUUGGGUUCUUCUUUACCUCUCUCACCAAGGCUCUUCUCCCCCGAUUGCUCAGUUUGACCGGAUGGCCAACUCUGGGAAGGGUUCUGGUCGUCCCAAACGUCUUCCGUUUAAGGAAUAUGGAGGCCACUGUGCUCUUCGGAACCUUAAGUGCAGCAGAAAUAUUUUUGCAACCUUGGCCAGAUCUGUGCCUUGCCACAAUUCCGUCUCUGAGCUCUUCAGGCAGUUCCUUUGACCUCAUGAUCGUCAUUUGCUCUGACAUGCACUGUGAGCUGUAAGGUCUUACAUAGACAGGUGCGAGGCUUUCCUAAUCAAGUCCAAUCAGUAUAAUCAAACACAGCUGGACUCCAAUGAAGGUGGAGAACCAUCUCAAGGAUCAUCAGAAGAAAUGGACGGCACCCGAGUUAAAUAUGAGUGUCACGGUAAAGGGUCUAAAUACUUAAUACUAAAUACUAAUACUGGUGUGUGAUAUUUCAGUUUUUCUUUUUUAAUAAAUCAGAAAAAAAUUCAACAAUUAUGUUUUUUUUUUCUGUCUAUAUGGGGUGCUGUGUGUAGAUUUAAUGAUGAAAAAAAAUAACUUAAAUGAUUUUAACAAAUGGCUGCACAAAGAGUGAAAAAUUGAAGGGGGUCUGAAAACUUUCCGUCCCCACUGUGUGACUAAGUUGUGUGUAUCAUUAUGGGAUGACAUUUUGGAAUGAAAGGCACAGAAUUGUGAUGAAAAUUGUAUAUUAUCACUCAUGAGGAAAAAUGUUAUCCUUUUAAAACGUUAAUUUGAGCAAUGUUUAUAUUUUAAGUACCACUAAACUGGGCCAAACUUUCUCUUUGUGGUAUGGCUGAUGCAAUUUGAAUAGUCCUUUAAAUUACCCAGAUCAUUUAAUCGAUGUCCAUUUUUAGUUUACAUGUUGAUUGCAUUAUGGACAGCAAAAUGAAUGUCAAAGAGUGACUGGUUUAUCAGUGCUCAUGAAGUAUAUCUCAGAGACUAUUCAAGGUAUCACGUGGUCAUUGGGAGAUGUUUCAAGAACACAAUUUACUGGUGAAAGUCUCCUUAUUCGGUUACUGAAUGGGUUAGCUAAGGUCCUAAUUUUCAAAGACAUUGUGAUGGAACACACGGAGUGACAUUUUAUGAAGAAAACAUUAGUUCAAAGCUGUGUAGCAGCCUGGGAAACAUUUCUUUGAAGGACACCUGUGGCCACUAAAACUAUAGAAACCCUCAUGUGUAAACCGGCACCGCUAUCGGUAAAAAAGAUUGGGGUUAUUGCGCCAAGGGGGAGCCGUAGUCAAAUGAGAAGCCUCAUCAACAUCAGCUAUUUAGCAAUGCAAUUUUCGAGCUAAGAUCUAAGAGCGGACUUAGAACCAGUCACAAGAAGGAGUCAUGCGGUUUCACCUAUGUGAUUUAACAGUGGCGAAAUAUCACCUUUGUCUCCUAAACAUUUACCUUGGCUGUCCCUCUUAUGAGCUCGUUUCUAACUAUCCCACCUGGUCACUCCAAACGAGAUCCUCAACAUCCUCAUCUCCACCGCCGUCCUAGCAGAAGCUCUUCUAUCACGUAACCCCCCUGACACUUUGCUCCACAAGUUCCAAACUGCUUGGGUCAUUGGGGAAAACUGUCAGCGUGCACACAAUCUCUUAGCGUGAGCAAUUAAUUUGGCACCCGUUUAUUUGGUAUCUUAGUAAAUCUGGCCCUAAUUGUUUGAAGAUGGGGGAAGUAAUAGCUUGCACAUUUUCUUCUUUGAUUGAUUAACCGUAUGCAUCGAAUUAUCUCAGGACAAAUUCCCCUCCAAUGCACAGACAGAUAAACUGACCGACUCAGCGACACACUCACUUCUGGGUCUUGUUGAUCAAUGUUUAUAUAUCUCACGUUCGCUUGCAAGCCGCAUCAGCACUUUGUAUUCCGUUUGUGUGUGUGCGCUGUAUAUUCUUAAUGUGUGCCUUUGAUACUGUGUGUGGCGCCAAGCCGUCUGUGCUUUCGUCUCCAAUGACACAUGCAGGUAAGGGUAGAUGGCCUUGCAGGAAUACGAAACGUUGCAAAUGUUCUUCGCACGUUUACUCAGGUCUUAGUGUAAUACAUCCUCAAACGGAGGAUCCUCAGGGCUUUAACUAUUUACCCAUGCACCUUAAUCAGUGAAGGUUUGUGGAGACCAUUUAAAUGACUUCAUAGUCUUGAGCGUCUUGAGACGGUGAAACCUCCUUGAAGUUCGAACCAGAAGUAUUUUGACAAAGAGUUUUUAAUGAGUCGUUGUUACUUAUUCAGAGCAUUCAUUGUUAAAAAAACAAAAUAUGAUUGAAGACUAAAUUGGGUUGAGAUCGCUUGACUGCUGUUAAAGAAUCUUCUAAUUAUAAGUUUUUUAGAAAGACACACGGACAAAAAGGGUUAAGGUUCUUAGCACUGCAUGGCACAAUUUAUGCCGGGAACCACGCGGCUUCACCAACAUGACAAUACUCAAUAUUUCCCAAUUUGUUUUUAUUUAAGUUGUUCGUUUUCCAACUUUACUUCUAAAUUUGAAGAUUUUUUUUUUUUUUUUUUUACUUUCAUGAUUGGAAAGUAAGCUUCAACCAAGCCUCUCUCUUUUUUUUUUUUUUUUUUUUUUUUUUUUUUUGAAGAGUUCAAAAUGUUUUUGUUUCAUAUAGAAAUAAGAUUUUGCAUUCUCUGUAGCAGAUCAUUAAAUGAUACAAUUCACUCCUCAAAAUACUUCUGGUCUCAACUGUAUAUGGAACAGAUGACGAAACAUGCUCACCAAAAGUUUUACGUUCUCAUCAAUUGACUAAAUUUGGAUUAUGUAUGUAGUCAAAAAUGUGUGCCGUCAAAACGACCAUAUACUCUUCAGUAUUGCUAAAAAUGUACAAAGGUGGUCAAAAGUACAGCAGAACAGAAAAUGCUGAUGUCGCACAAAUGAUUAAAUUGAGACAGAGACAUUGUAUGUAGAAUGUAUAGUAAUGAACCUUUUCACAUAUAGGAAGCCAAGCAUUUGUGUCAGAUAGCAUAAAGUCAAUUGGGAAUCCGUUAUUUCUUAAACCAAAGUUAAAAAAAAACAAAAACAAAAAAAACAAUUUACACUGGAAGCACAGACAGUAAUUGUCAUGAUUCUUCAAUGUAAUGUAUUUUUAAAAUUAAAUUAAAAAGGGUUUUGAGAUUACAGAGGUGGGAUACACUUACCAAAUGUGCUUUUUAUUUUUAUUUUUUUUAACUCUGUUAAAUAUGUCAGCAAUUUUCAUCCUCCGGAUAUUGUCUUCCUGUAUUUGUUGUAUCAUGUGCAUGCAGUAAAUGUGCUAAAGGGCUGCUGGUAUAAACUCUCUUGCCAAUAUAUUAGGUACACCUAGGUGAAACGAGAUGCAGUGUCAUGCAAAAGCACUUAACGUGUUUUUAAUGUCCUUUGUGGAAUUGCUAAGUAUUUUUGAGCGUGUGGUUUGCAUUCUUAAGGGUCGUGCGUUGUGUUAUAUCUAUCACGAUUUGCGCGAAUGCUGUUGCGUUUGUUUUAUCGGGGUGAAAUUGGCAAGUGAGUUCAUCAGUUGACCUUUAGAGACAACGCAAUACCAGCGCUGACGUUGAGCAAUGCUCUUAACCACUCGUAAGGCAAUACGCACAACAGUGAACUUGGGUCGUCUGCUGUAAAGUAAUUAUAAAGAACCUGCAUAAUGUACAAUGUAAUGUACUCUAUGAAUACACAAAUGAAAAACCAUUGCAUUUAAGUUAUGUAUCUGUCUCACCCGUAAAGGGCAAUUGUUACUUGAGUAGAGGAAAGAACAAUCGGGCUUGUGUGUGCCAAGUUCUGGUGGUAUGAUAAUGACUUUGUAAAUCCGAAUAAAGACUCUUUUGUAUUUUU